AUGGGUGGGUAUUUAAAUGUAGGAAAGAGCGUCGCAACGCUUCUUGUUUUGGCAAUUGUCGAGCAAUGUGUAGGAAUCUCGGGCUGCGUCCGACCAGAUCAGUCGGCCUUCUUAGUGAAACCGCAGUUCCCUAGAGCCGAGCAAUGCGUAUCACAGUCGGCAAGAUGUUCUCGUAUCGCAGAUCACGUCGGUGGCACGGAAGCUGCCGACGUCGGACCCUUAGACAAAAGUCGUCUGAUCGACCAAGUUAAUUGGCCAGAAGACGUCAAGAAGGUACCUGCGGAGCAGAUCCUACAGCUAUGCAAGGAACUAAGGGAAUGCUUUAUCAAAAAUGCCGAGCAAGUUGGUGGUCACUACUCCGGUUCACUGGGGGUGGUCGAAUUGACCGUGGCACUCCACAGGGUAUUCGACUCGCCGAAGGAUCGCAUCGUGUGGGACAUCGGUCACCAAGCGUAUAUACACAAGAUGCUUACCGGUAGAAGGCAUAGCAUGCACACCAUCAGGCAACCGGGGGGGUUGUCGGGGUUCCUGCGGAGGUACGAGAGCCCGCAUGAUCUUUUCGGGGCUGGGCACUCUUCGACAUCCAUUGGCGCACUACAAGGGAUAUACGAGGGAGAUGUGGUUACAGGGCAGCAUAAAGAUAGGUCAUAUGUCUGUAUAAUCGGUGACGGUAGUAUGACUGGGGGCAUGGCCAUGGAGGCACUGAACUACUCCGCCGCCAUCAGGUCGCCCCUCAUCAUUAUAUACAAUGACAAUGGUCAAACAUCGCUGCCCACGGGUAUGCCGGCAAAGAAUGGGACGGGUCCCAUAUUGCCUUACUUCAUGGUCGACAAUACGCGGAAAACUCCCGUCAGUGACACGGAGGUCAUUAAGCAGUUCGACGAUCUGAGUAUCGACGGGAGCGAAACUCCUAUGUUUUUGGACCCAAUUGAUGGGCACAAUGUGGAGCAUCUCAGCAAUGUUCUGUCAUAUUUGAAGGGUCAGCUGAGUGCGGAUAGCAACUGGAGUCUGAAAAGGCCCAUUGUGUUGCAUAUAAAAACGGUGAAGGGCAUGGGGUCAGAAAAGGCGCUAAAAGCGCUAGACCGAAUGCACGCCAUAAAGGCAAUGGCUAAACCAAAUGCUAACGCCGCUGCAUCAACUCCGUCAAAGACCUUUUCAGAAGUUUUUGCCGAUACCCUAAUAGAGCUGGCCGACCGCGACGACUCAGUGGUAGCCAUAACUGCGGCUAUGCCGGGGGCCACCGGAGUGGGUAAACUGGGUGUGAAGCAUCCUAAUAAGGCGUUUGAUGUUGGGAUUGCAGAGCAACAUGCGGUGACGUUUGCCGCUGGUAUGGCAGUAAGUGGUGCAAAACCAUUCUGCUGUCUCUACUCCACCUUCAUGCAAAGGGCACUGGACCAGAUCAUACACGAUGUGGCAUUGCAGAAUUUGCCAGUGCGAUUUGUAGUGGACAGAGCGGGGUACGUCGGAGAGGAUGGUGCGUCACACCACGGCAACUACGAUAUCAACUACCUGCGCCUAAUGCACAACAUGCUAAUUAUGGCUCCGAGUAACGGUGUUGAAUUGAAGAUGAUGGUAAAUAUAGCUUACAACACCGAUGAUCAGCCCUGCGCCAUCAGGUACCCCAAGGCCGCAGUGGCGUCGCAAGAGGAACUAGACAAAUACUUCAUGUAUACACCAGACGAAAUCGGAAGUCCAACGUCCUUGAUAGAAGGCAAAAAACUGUUCAAGUCGCGAUGCGUGCGGUUGGGAAAUAUGGGAGUCGCUGUUUUGGCAUUCGGGCCUAUAGUUCUCGAUGUCAUGAAGGCCGUUGACAAAAUAAAACUUGACGCUACGGUUGUCGAUAUGCGGUUCCUAAACCCCAUGGAUACGGCUACAAUUGAAGGCAUUCUACAAACACAUCAUACGGUGAUCACGGCCGAAGACGGCGUCGCUGGAGGCUUCGGUUCGGCUGUGCUGGAGUACCUAGCAACAAGGCCGGAGAGAGUAGAUGUGAAAUGCCUCACCUACCCUAAACAAUACGCUCACCACGGCAGUGUUAACGACCAGAAACGUUUUGCCGAAAUGGAUGAGGAUGGAAUCGCGCGUCAAAUAAGGGAGUUCAUUUCGGCGUGA